GAUAAACAACGCUUUUAUAGAAACCGGACGGAGCAGGAUGUUGCCAAAACGGUGGACAUUUUGUGCGCAAUGCCACCACAUCCCAUAAUCGAAUCAUUUCCAUCAGUGACUCCCAACCGCCGUGGCGAUCGUCAGGAUUCUCACCUCAUUCAGGAACAUGACUGGGAAGAUGGUGUCGUUAAGACCUCUGGUUUUCCUGGCAAGGAUGGGAAAGACAGUCUGUUACAGUCGAGGAGGAUGGGACACUCUUGGAAGUAGCUCCAGAAACAAAAGGCGAGGGGCAUGGAAUAAACAUGGCGUUAGCUGGGGUACGAGUGGUCGAGCUCGCGGGGCUCGCUCCGGCGCCGUUCUGCGGGAUGAUCCUGGCUGACUUUGGCGCCAAAGUGGUUCGCGUGGACCGCACGAAGGCCGGAGCCUCGAUGGACACCCAAGCUCGCGGCAAACGCUCAGUGGCCAUCAACCUGAAGACUCCCGAGGGCGUCUCCCUGCUCCGGAACCUUUGCGUCCACUCUGAUGUCGUCCUAGAGCCCUACCGCAAAGGUGUGAUGGAGAAACUCGGUCUUGGUCCGCAGGAGCUGCUAAAGGAAAAUCCUGGUCUGGUGUACGCACGCCUGACGGGAUACGGACAAACUGGAAAGUACGCCACGGCGGCCGGACAUGACAUCAACUACCUGGCCAUGUCAGGGCUUUUGUCCCGUCUGGGUCGCAGCAGAGAGAAGCCGUACGCGCCGCUAAACCUCUUGGCAGACUUCGCGGGCGGGGGGCUCACGUGCGCCCUUGGCAUCGUCCUGGCGUUGCUGGAGCGGACGAAGUCGGGAAAAGGGCAGAUCAUCGACGCUAGCAUGGUGGAAGGAGCUGCCUACCUGGGCUCGUUCGUGUGGAAAUCUCGCAGAAUCGGCUUGUGGGAUCGUCCUCGCGGGGAAAACAUGUUGGACAGCGGCGCUCCUUUCUACGACACGUACCGGACGGCCGACGACAAGCACGUGGCCGUGGGCGCCAUCGAGCCGCAGUUCUACAAGCAACUGCUUCGAGGUUUGGAAUUGGACGAGGACAAGUUACCGCCGCAGAUGAGCUUCUCGGACUGGCCCGAGCUCCGACGGAUCUUCUCCGAGCGUUUCGCGUCCAAGACGCAGGAGGACUGGUCACAAAUUUUCGACGGGACGGACGCCUGCGUGACCCCCGUGUUGUCGUUUGACCAGGUGAGCUCGCACCCCCACAAUCACCAAAGGGCUUCUUUCACGAAGGACUCCAGCGGGGAGGAAAGCCCCCGACCGGCUCCCCUCCUCUCUCGGACCCCCGCGGAGGCUUCAGUGCACCCUGGCCCGCUUAUCGGCGAACACACGGUGGAGAUUCUUGUGGAGUACGGGUACAAAAUGUCAGAAAUUGACAAGAUGCUCGCUGCAGGCGUCGUGGAGUCUCACGCUGUCAAGGCAAAACUGUGACGGAUACUUUUUAUUUUGGAAUUCAUCCUCAUAAUGAAGGUAAUAAUGAAAAUAAUUCAUUUGUCCUUUAAUUAUGAAGGAAUAUUUCAUUUCACGGAAUUGCUUGUUGAUCACAAACUUAAAGUAAUUGGAGGCAAAAUAUGAUGCACUACUUUACCGCCACCAUAAGUUUGGUGUCUAAAGAGCCGCAUAAAAAUGAAUAAUAAUGUUCGGAUUUGAUGAAGAUAAAGUAGGAUGAAAGAAAAAUCUCGAGAAAAGUUGAAUUUUUGGAGGAAAAUAGUUCAAAUGUAAAAUUGGGUGUUAACUGACCACUUAUGAAAUUGUCAAUUUUGAACUGAUUAAUUUGUUGGUGCUUUGAAUUAACUCAUUAGACGUCAACUGUUUUGCUGUUUUGAGAAGUGUCCAAAAAUGUGAUCACUUGCACAAAGAAAAAUGUCAGAAUUUUGGAGAUCCUAAAAUGUAAUAAGGUAUUAAGAAAAAAUAGUACGGGAUGAAAGUUAUUUAAAUAAAGCAUUUGAUUGAGUGUGCUUAUGUGGAAUUGAUUGAUUAGUUUGUGUUCUGAAGCAUGUUUUAGCUCGUUUGCUGUCGCAAGACGUCCGCAUGCAGUAGGAAGAGGAAACAGACACUUGAGUUAUUGUAACAUUUAUUAUUUUACAAAAUAAUGAAUUGUCAAAUUGAGGCGGCACGGGUGGCACGAAAAAUCGCCCGAGCUGAUCGGUGGCC